UUCCGGAGCGACGAUGGCGGCCGUAGGGCCCGGAGGCUACGCGCGGAAUGAUGCGGUCGAGAAGCUGCCAUCUGUCAUGGCGGGAGUUCCGGCACGGAGGGGUCUGUCCUCCCCGCCCCCGGCCCCACCUCUCUGCCUGCGGCGGCGGACGCGACUACCGCCGGCGCCCGAGGACACGGUGCAGAACCGGGUGUCACUCGAGAAGGUGCUUGGCAUCACAGCCCAGAACAGUAGUGGCCUAACCUGUGACCCUAGCACAGGCCACGUGGCCUACCUGGCAGGCUGUGUGGUGGUGAUUUUGAACCCCAAGGAGAACAAGCAGCAGCACAUCUGUAAUACUGCCAGGAAGUCUCUGAGUGCUCUGGCCUUCUCCCCGGAUGGGAAGUACAUAGUGACGGGGGAGAACGGGCACAGGCCUGCCGUGCGCAUCUGGGACGUGGAGGAGAAAAGUCAGGUGGCGGAGAUGCUGGGCCACAAGUAUGGUGUGGCCUGUGUGGCCUUCUCACCCAACAUGAAACACAUCGUGUCCAUGGGCUACCAGCAUGACAUGGUCCUCAACGUCUGGGACUGGAAGAAAGACAUCGUGGUGGCCUCCAACAAGGUAUCAUGCAGGGUCAUCGCCCUCUCCUUCUCAGAGGACAGCAGCUAUUUUGUUACCGUUGGGAACCGGCAUGUGAGGUUCUGGUUCUUGGAAGCCGCCACUGAAACAAAGGUGACAGGCACGGUGCCCCUUGUGGGGCGCUCAGGCAUCCUGGGUGAGCUGCACAACAAUAUCUUCUGUGGCGUGGCCUGUGGCCGGGGCCAGAUGGCAGGCAAUACCUUCUGCGUGUCCUACUCAGGCCUGCUCUGCCAGUUCAACGAGAAGAGGGUGCUGGAGAAGUGGAUCAACCUGAAGGUCUCCCUGUCUUCCUGCCUCUGUGUCAGCCAGGACCUCAUCUUCUGUGGCUGCACAGAUGGGAUAGUCCGCAUCUUUCAGGCCCACAGCCUGCAGUACCUCGCCAACAUGCCCAAGCCGCACUACCUGGGGAUCGACGUGGCACAAGGCCUGGAGCCCAGCUUCCUCUUCUGCAGGAAAGCAGAAGCAGUCUACCCAGACACAGUGGCACUGACCUUCGACCCCGUCCACCAGUGGCUGUCCUGCGUGUAUAAAGACCACAGCAUCUACAUCUGGGAUGUCAAGGACAUCAACAAAGUGGGCAAGGUGUGGUCGGAGCUCUUCCACAGCUCCUACGUCUGGAAUGUGGAGGUGUAUCCUGAGUUUGAAGAUCAGACAGCUUGUUUGCCAUCAGGAUCUUUUCUGACUUGUUCCUCAGACAACACCAUCCGCUUCUGGAACAUGGAUAACAGCCCUGACUCUCACCGGAAGAAAAACAUCUUCAGCAAUACCCUGCUGAAGGUGGUGUAUGUGGAGAAUGACAUCCAGCACCUACAGGACAUGUCACACUUCCCAGACCGGGGAAGUGACAACGUGACACCUGUGGACGUGAAAGCCGGGGUGCGAGUCAUGCAGGUCAGUCCUGAUGGCCAGCACUUGGCUUCAGGAGACCGAAGUGGAAAUCUGAGGAUCCACGAGCUGCACUUCAUGGACGAGCUGGUCAAGGUAGAAGCCCACGAUGCUGAGGUGCUAUGCCUAGAGUACUCCAAGCCUGAGACAGGACUGACCUUGCUGGCUUCAGCCAGUCGAGACCGGCUCAUCCACGUGCUGAAUGUAGAGAAGAACUACAAUCUGGAGCAGACGCUGGACGACCACUCUUCCUCCAUCACGGCCAUUAAGUUUGCUGGCAACAGAGACAUCCAGAUGAUCAGCUGUGGGGCCGACAAGAGCAUCUACUUUCGCAGCGCCCAGAGGGCCUCGGAUGGACUGCACUUUGUCCGUACUCACCAUGUCGCAGAGAAAACCACCUUGUAUGACAUGGACAUUGACAUCACCCAGAAGUAUGUGGCUGUGGCCUGCCAGGACCGCAAUGUAAGAGUCUACAACACCGUGAAUGGGAAGCAGAAGAAGUGUUACAAGGGCUCUCAGGGCGAUGAGGGGUCCCUGCUGAAGGUCCAUGUGGACCCCUCAGGCACCUUCCUGGCCACAAGCUGCUCUGACAAAAGCAUCUCUGUGAUUGACUUUUACUCAGGCGAGUGCAUCGCCAAGAUGUUUGGCCAUUCAGAAAUUGUGACCGGCAUGAAGUUCACCUAUGACUGUCGCCACUUGAUCACAGUGUCUGGAGACAGCUGCGUGUUCAUCUGGCACCUGGGCCCGGAGAUCACCAACUGCAUGAAGCAGCACUUGCUGGAGAUCAACCACGGCGAGCAGCCGAGCACAAAGGACAGGAAGUGGAGCAGCCACCCCAGGCAGGAGACAUUUGCAUCCAUGCCCAGUGAGAUUCGUUCCCUAAGCCCUGGAGAGCAGACAGAGGAUGAACUAGAGGAGGAGUGUGAACCAGAAGAGUUACUGAAGACACCAUCCAAAGAGAGCUUGGAUCCAGAUCCCCAGUGCCUGCUGACCAAUGGCAAGCUGCCACUCUGGGCAAAGCGGCUGCUAGGAGACGACGAUGUGGCGGAUGGCUCGGCCUUUCAUGCCAAGCGCAGCUACCAGCCACAUGGCCGCUGGGCAGAGCGGGCCGACCAGGAGCCUCUCAAGACCAUCUUGGACGCCCAGGACCUGGAUUGCUACUUCACCCCCAUGAAGCCUGAGAGCCUGGAUAACUCCGUUCUGGAUACAGUGGAGCCGCAGAACCUGGCAGGCCUUCUGAGCGAGUCGGAGAGUCCCCAGGACAGUGGCUGUGGGCGUCCCUCCUUCCUGUCCCUACAGAGGGAGUCUUCUGAGACCAGUGAGCUCAUCACGUACUCCCUGGAGACAGAAGUGACAGUCACAGGGACAGACAGCGACAAGGAGACAGAGGCAGGGCCUGGAGACCAGCAAGCCAAGGUCUCCUCUGUCAGCUCCAAGGAUCAGAGCCCGCCCGAGGACUCUGGGGAGUCAGAGGCUGACUUAGAGUGCAACUUCACCACCCUCCAGUCCUCCCCUCCACGGCCGGACCCAGACCUUCAGUUUGUCAUGACAAUGCCCCACACACUAGGGGAGUGCUCAGGCACAGCAGAAGAGUUGUCCCGGCCCUUGGGGCCAGGCAUGCCCAACAGCUCCCUGCCCCAGACUCCUGAGCAAGAGAAGUUCCUCCGCCACCACUUUGAGACGCUCACUGAUGGCCAUCCUGAAGAGCUUUUCCAUGGGUCGCUGAGAGAGGUGAAGGUCUGUGACGCCGAGGAAUUCUUCAACCCCCGGCUGAGCAUCUCAGCCCAGUUUCUGUCACGCUUGCAAAAGACAUCGAGGCUCGCCCACACUGUCCCUCCCCGGCUGCCCCUGCUCCUUGUGAAGUCUGCUGAGGUCAAGGCCACAGACCCAGGGGGAAGCCAGACCAGAGCAGAGCCCCCGAGAGCAGGUACUGGCUACGCCUCCCCAGACAGGACCAACGGCCUCUCUGCCAGGAAGGCUGGGGAACCCCUCGAGACCCUGGAGGCCUGGUGCCCCCUGACCCCUUGUGCGACAGGCCUGGUGUCCUGUGUCCCCUCCUCAGAGCUGCCUACAGACGGGACGCCUUUGACGCCCACAUCUGUGCCAACCUCAGGCCCAGCUCAGGCUGUUUGUGCCUCCUCCACCUGUGCCUUCACGGAGACCACUGCCAGCUCCCAUGCCAGAAUGUCACACAGCAUCUCUCUUGGGGACAGUGAAGGCCCUGUUAUGACUGAGCCAGCCAUGCCCCUCCAUAGGCCUGCAUCUGUGGGAGAGCUGGCCUCCCUGGGCCAGGAGCCCCAGGCUGCCAUUGCCGCAGCAACACCUAGUUCUAGCAGCAAAGGCCAAGAGCCCGCCUGGGGUAAUCAUGAGGCCCGGGCCAGCCUGAGACUGACCCUGUCAAGUGUCUGUGACAGGCUCUUGCUUCCCUCACCCACCCUGGAGCUGCCAGCCAGAUGUGGAUGGUCCCAGGAGCCCAAAGACACCCAGCCUGGUGUCACGGUCACUACAACCAGCUUCCCAGCCCCCAGAGCCAUGGAUACAAGUGCCCUAAGGCUCCACAACUCUCCCUCUCUCCCAAGGCUCCCAGCCCCUGAGCCCCUCAACCCUCCUGGCCACUCCUACAGCCUCCAGCUGUCAGAGGCCAGGCCUGGCAUCCCUGAUAGCACUGUCUCCCUCCUGGAGUCUACCCCUGGUGCACUCAGUGUGAUCCGGAGCAGCCCUGGACACUGGGAGCAGCCCAGGGGGCCAGCUGAGGUCCUGUCCCCAGCUCCACUUGAGCUGAGCAGUGUGGGGAACAUCAUGCACAGGCUGCAGACGGCCUUCCAGGAAGCCCUUGAUCUUUACCAUGUGUUGGUCUCCAGCCAGCAGGUGGGUGCCGAGCAACAGCAGGCGCAGACCGAGCUGGCCUCCACCUUCCUGUGGAUCCGCAGUCACUUGGAGGCUAACGACUUCCUGGUUGGGACCGACGUGACCCCAGCCCAAGCCCUGCCCAGCCCAAGUCCUUCCUCCCAACCCUCAUUGUGUCCCCUGGCCAGCCAAGACCUGCAUGCCCUGCUGGAACACUACUCAGAACUGCUGGUGCAGGCCGUUCGAAGGAAGGCGCGGGGGGACUGAGGGCCAGCGGUGCUCCCUCCACAUGGCCUUGCUGCUUCUGAAGAAAUAGGUGUCAUACGCAAAUAAACUGACAGUUUGGAGAAAUCGGUCCUGGUGCU